GGCGAUGACAUCAUGAGCCGUUGGCGUCGUUCGGUUGACGAGUUGGCGGUGCGGCGGCGGCAGCAGGGCGAGUGUGAGCGCGCUCAGGAGGCGCUCGCUCGGGUCACUUCCUGUUUCCAGCAGCUGGCGGCGUCACUCGGUAGCUCAGCGGACGGCAGCUUCCUGCGAGACGAGAUGGACGAGACGAGAGCCCUCGCAUACCGUAUCUGCAGCGGUCUGUCCCAGCGUCUGAUGCAUCUCCUGUCAGACUGUGACCCCUCAGGUGUGGAGGACAGACAGGCAUCAGAGCGUCUGUGGGUUCUCUUCCUGUCGGCGAUAGAGAACUUCCUGUUUGACCUCCGUAAGGCCUGCAAUCUGAUUGGACAGUUUCCUCUGACCCAGCGCAACAGCAGGCGCUCGUUAGUCAAUACAGGAUGUAUGGAUGGCGUGGUGGGCGUGGCAGCUCAAGUGGCUUCCAUCCAGGUGCCAUGGCUCACCUUGGAGGAGCAGCCAAGCCCAGAUCUGAGCAAUCACAUUGCAGCAUUGGAGGCAAUGCUGAGUGAGAUGCAGCUGAGGGUUCCUGUUGCAUUCUGGUCGGUGGAGGCGACCCAGCCAGCAUGGGCCGAAGCUUGCGUUGAACUGGAACAACCGGAUUAUACCCUGGAGGACCUGAUGGAGGUUGAAGUCGUCUCUAACAACAAAAUGCCCUGCUGCCAGCCUCCGUGCUGUGGAUUGGGCUGCGUCAGGUAG